AUGUCCGUCUUUGAGAAGACGAACCAUCGAGGAGCUGCAUCAGGCGCUGUCUUCUUCCUCUUUCUUCACGUCACCAUUUUUAUCCUCUGCUGCGACGCUACGUCUUACGUUUAUGCGUCCGAGAUCUUUCCAACCUCAGUUCGCGCAAAGGGGCUCUCAAUCUCUGUCUCUGGUCUCUUUUUCGCCACAAUUAUCUUCACUACAGCUGCACCUACAGCAUUCGCCGAGAUUAGGUGGAAGUUCUAUCUGGUAUUUAUUGUUGCCACUUCAAUUAUCAUUGCAUACGCCUAUAUGACGUUUCCCGAGACCCGUAAAAUGUCGCUUGAAUAUAUUCAAGAACUCUUUGGCGAUCCAAUUGACGGCAUGUCUUCAGAAUUUGUCAACCAGGAGACUGUUCACCACCUUGACGAGGACGACGAGAAGAAAAGAAUUCACGCUGGAGAACUCAGUACUUAA